GCUGCUUUUGUUGAACUAUGCAAGGAUUUGAGGGCUGGUUUCGAGCAGGAGGCGGCAUCAUCUGGUCAACCUCGCUUAUUGUUGACUGCUGCGGUUGGAUGUGGGCCUCGAAACAUAGAUGUAUCAUACGACGUAUUCGGAAUGUCUAUGUAUCUUGAUUUCAUUAACUUGAUGACGUAUGACUUAGCUGGCCAAUGGGAUGGCAAAACGGGAAUCCAUGGAGCUCUCCAUGGUGGACCUGGUGAUACAACUGGGCUGAAUCAGGAAUGGUCGGUGAAUAGAUAUAUCGAACUAGGUGCUCCCAGAGAUAAACUUGUGCUUGGGAUACCUAUGUAUGGUAGAUCAUUCAAGUUAACAACUCAAAGUACAGCUAUAGGUGCCCCUACAGCUACCUGGGGAGCUCUUGUAGGCCCUUACACUGCGGAAGGGGGCUUCCUCUCAUACUACGAGGUUUGUGCCAAAAUAAAAGCAGGAUGGACAUACGUAUACGACGCUCAGCGAGAAGACCCUUGUGCUUAUUCUGGAUCGAAUUGGGUGGGGUACAGUGAUAAGUACAGUGUAGCGAAGAAGGCUGAAUUCAUCAUAGACAAAGGCCUUGGAGGUGCCAUGAUAUGGGCCCUGGACCUGGACAAUUUUAACAAAGAUUCAUUAUGUAACACGGAUACAGAAGAUUACACCUUGUUAAAGACUAUAAAUAACGUUCUCGGUGGUGCAGUAAUCACUACAACAACAGGACCAACCACGACAACUGAAGCAGGUGCAUCCACGACCACCCAAUCAGCUCCCACAAAUGAAGUGUUUGUAUGCCCAAGUCAAGGUUACCGCUUGUACGAGGAUCCAAACGACUGUGCUAAGUUCAUAACAUGUCUCGAUGGCAACAAUUUGGGCACCCAGUCCUGCCAACAGGGACUGCUAUUCUGGGAGGACAAGCAAUGGUGUGACUACCCAAGCAAUUUUGAAUGUGGUGCAAGCACUGGCACUAGCCCAUCAACGCCAACCACCACCCAAUCUGCUUUCACAGAUGAAGUGUUUGUAUGCCCAAAUCAAGAUCACAGAUUGUACCAAGACCCAAACGACUGUGCUAAAUUCAUAACAUGUCUCGAUGGUAACAAUUUGGGCACCCAGUCCUGCCAAGUUGGACUACUCUUCUGGGAGGCCAAGCAAUGGUGCGACUACCCAAGCAAUUUUAACUGCG